AUGGAAGACGCCGUGGAUCCCUCCGCAGAGCUCAUCAAUGAGCUGCGGGCGCUUGUGGUAAGUGGUGGCACGAUGGUGCCGUUUGACGAGCGCAAAGUGAGAGCCGUCGUGAACGGCAUGUCAGACUCAUUCCGUCAUCUUGAAUCCAUAUCUCGUAACCCGUACGCCGAUCCGUCUCUGCCGUUUUACGCCAGCUCCAUGAAGUACUACUGGGCGAAGUAUUUGAGGGACAAGCGUUGCCUUCUGGCGUACUUGAUGUGGAGGCGAUCGCAGAUGACAAGGGCGUGGUGGGAGGCAAAGGACAAUGCCUUGUCGGACGUUUUGGCGCCAUGUGAAUCGACUUUUCUGCAAGAAUAUAACGAAGUCAUGGUGGAGUACAUGACAUCAUUUGCUGUUCCGUUAGAUCUUAGAGCCUUCACGUGGCGGCCUCCCUCGACGCAACAAUUGGAGGUUCGAGGUUUGGCGAACCACGUCUUUGUGUCCCCCAUCUCGGGGACAGUUAUUAAUCUCUACAAGGGUAAACAAAUCCUGUUAGGAUUCGAAGAAGCUGAGAGUUUAAUUCAACAGGGUGUUGUCGAACUCGUGGAAUGA